CCACAUCCUGUUACGUAUAAAUUUUACAAUAAUUUUGUUAGAUAAUUUUAAUAUCAAUCUUUGGUCCAUGGAGGAUUCGUCCAAAGGGUUGACAAAAGGUGCAUGGACGGCUGAAGAAGAUAGUCUCUUGAGGCGAUGCAUUGAUAAGUAUGGAGAAGGCAAAUGGCAUCAAGUUCCUUUAAGAGCUGGGCUUAAUAGGUGUAGGAAGAGUUGUAGACUAAGAUGGCUGAACUAUUUGAAGCCAACUAUCAAGAGAGGAAAACUUAGCUCUGAUGAAGUUGAUCUUCUUCUCCGUCUUCAUAAGCUUUUAGGAAACAGGUGGUCUUUAAUUGCUGGUAGACUACCCGGCCGGACCGCUAAUGAUAUCAAGAAUUACUGGAACACCCAUCUGAGCAAGAAACAUGAACCAUGUUGUAAGACCAAGAUGAAGAAGAGAAACGUUACAUUCUCUUCUACCACACCCGCCCAAAAAAUCGACGUUUUCAAACCUCGACCUCGACUCUUCACCGUUAACAAUGGCUGCAGCCAUCUCCAUGGCCUGCCAGAAGUUGACGUUGUUCCUCCAUGCCUUGGACUCAACAACAUUAAUAAUGUCUGUGAAAAUAGUAUGACAUAUUGUAACAAAGCUGGGGAGAAGUAUGAACUUUUUAGUAAUUUAAUGGAUGGAGAGAAUAUGUGGUGGGAGAGUUUGCUAGAGGAGAGCAAACAGCCUGACGGGCUCGUUCCAAAAGGUACGGCAACAAAAAAGGGGGCAACCUUUGCGUUUGACGUUGAGCAACUUUGGAAUAUGUUGGAUGGAGAGACUGUAGAACUUGAUUAGUGUUUCUAUUAUUUGUUUGUGAUCUGUGUGUUACUUUUGCAUUUAGUGUGGAGUUGUUUUCAAAUAAAACAAUUAAUGUUCUGUAUUUUUUUUUGUGCACAAUAAUUUAUGUUCUGGUUGUGCUUAUAUUUUGCACAAAAAAAAAAAGAUAAUGUGGUUUGUAU